AAAACACCAUUUUUGAGAUCGGAGCUUCUUGUAGCGUAAAAAAUGCAGACGAGGUAUAUGGAGAGGACUAAUAGUAUGAGAGAGAAGAGAAAAUUGGAUGAAGAUGAUAAUCAGCAGCAGCAACAGCCUGAGCGUAAAAGGCCAGCUCUUGCAAGUGUAAUUGUGGAAGCCUUGAAGAUGGAUAGUUUACAGAGGCUUUGUUCGUCUUUGGAACCGAUUCUUCGCCGAGUGGUAAGUGAAGAGGUGGAGCGGGCAUUGGCGAAACUUGGCCCUGCAAGACUUAGUGAAAGGUCUUCGCCGAAACGAAUUGAAGGCAUCGGUGGAAGGAAUUUGCAGCUGCAAUUCAGGUCUAGAUUGUCUGUUCCUUUGUUUACUGGAGGGAAGAUAGAAGGGGAGCAAGGUGCUGCGAUCCAUGUGGUACUGUUGGAUAUGACAACUGGACAUGUUUUGACAGUAGGACCUGAAGCUUCUGCAAAGCUCGAUGUUGUUGUGCUUGACGGUGAUUUCAACACUGAAGAUGAUGAAGGUUGGAGUGGAGAAGAAUUUGAGGGUCAUUUGGUGAAAGAACGUCAAGGAAAGAGGCCUCUCUUGACUGGUGAUGUGCAGGUGACGUUGAAAGAAGGUGUGGGAACAUUAGGGGAACUUAUCUUUACGGACAACUCGAGUUGGAUAAGAUGCAGAAAAUUCAGGCUGGGUGUAAAGGUCUCUUCUGGUUACUGUGAGGGGAUGCGUGUACGCGAGGCAAAGACUGAAGCUUUUACUGUGAAGGACCAUCGUGGAGAGUUGUACAAGAAACAUUACCCACCUGCUUUGGAUGAUGAGGUCUGGAGGUUGGAAAAGAUUGGAAAGGACGGGGCUUUCCAUAAGAAACUCAAUAAAGCAGGAAUCUACAAUGUCAAAGAAUUCCUGCGUCUUAUGGUCAAAGACUCUCAGAAACUAAGGACUAUUCUUGGAAGUGGCAUGUCAAACAGGAUGUGGGAGACACUUGCAGAGCAUUCCAAGACAUGUGUCUUGAGUGAAAUGCUUUACGUCUACUAUCCCGAGGACUCAGUUGGUGUUGUUUUCAACAAUAUAUACGAGUUUAGUGGUCUUAUAUCGGGAAAGCAGUAUUAUCCUGCUGAUUCUCUUUCUGACAAUCAAAAGGUUUACGUUGAUGGACUGGUGAGGAAAGCCUAUGAAAACUGGGAUCAGGUUAUUGAAUAUGACAGCAAGUCACUUAUGAACUUCAAUCAAGUUAGCAAAACAGAUACUAUAGAUUACUCUAUACCAGUUUCAGUUCCAAGCCAACCAUCUUCAUCUUAUUCAGACGUAACUGUUGAAGCAUACAACCAGAGUCCGGCUUCAAGUUUCCCGGGUCAAUCUCAGCUAGCUGAUACUACAUACAUGCACUUUGGAAACUCUUCAUUUGCACCGCAAGACCAGCUAAUUAACAGCACUCAUGAAUCACAAAGCAUGAUCAAUAGCAACGGUGGUGUGAGAUUGGCGCUGGGUCCAGCAACAGGAUCCCAAAACCAACAACUGGUUCAUCCUCCUCCUGAGAUUAACUCUUACAAUGAUUGGUCAAAUACAUGCAACAGAGGAGUCGAAGGGUUUUUAUCAGAGGAAGAGAUUAGGGCUAGAAGUAACGAAAUGCUCGAAAACGAUGAUAUGCAGCAACUGUUGAGACUCUUUAGCAUGAAUGGUGGUGACCAGCAAACUCCAAUGAACAUGGGAGAAGAUGGGUUUGGGUUCCAUUCUUUUGGUCAGACGGCAAUGGCUGAUUACGAAGAGGACCGUUCAAACUCAGGAAAGGCUGUUGUAGGAUGGCUAAAGAUCAAAGCAGCCAUGAGAUGGGGAUUCUUCAUCAGAAGGAAAGCCGCUCAGAGACGGGCACAGAUUGUUCAACUUGAUGACGAUGACGAAUAGGUUCAAGAAGAAGGAAGAAACAGAGAAUCUGAGGGUUUCAUUAUGAUGAUGGUUUUUAACAGUUUCCCAGAAAAAGAAGUCUUUUGUUUUGGUUUCUUCUUCUAGUGGAGCUUUAUUUUGUUGUACAGGGAGCUUUCUUCUUCUCUUCUUGUUUGUUUGUGCUUAUAUAUUUGUAAUCUCUCUACUUGACCAGUGUUUUCAAUAACUCAAAAACCUGAUGUACUGUAGUUCUAUUGCAUAAUUUCUAUGUUGUGUUCUUUUGGGUUGUCUUUUUGGGUAUGUUUGAUAAAUACUUAUUUAGAAA